AUGGCUUCUGAAAAUGCAUACCUGCAGUCUGGCAAAAAUCAAGCAGGUGAAUUGAGGAUAAUGAGUAUGGAUUUCAGUAAAAAUAGAGAAAAAGGUGAUGGACUGACUGGAGAUGAAAUUGGAUUAAUACCCUACCCUGAAGCCAGGUAUAACCGGAGCCCUAUCGUCCUGGUAGAAAACAAGCUUGGUGUGGAGAGCUGGUGUGUCGAGUUUCUUUUGCCAUAUGUCCACAAUAAACUUCUCCUCUACAGACAAAGAAAGCAAUGGCUGAACAAAGAUGAGCUGAUAGAUAUCACGUGCACCCUGCUGCUGCGGAACCCUGACUUCACCACUGCUUGGAAUGUGAGGAAAGAAUUAAUACUGUCUGGUACUUUAAAUCCACUUAAAGAUUUGCAUCUUGGAAAACUGGCGUUAACCAAGUUUCCAAAGAGUCCAGAAACAUGGAUUCAUAGACGAUGGGUGCUGCAACAACUAAUUCAGGAAAACUCCUUGCCCAGCCAUGUGACUAAAGGAAACUUGGGAGCAGCACCCGUGGAGAGAAUUCACCGACUAGUGCAGGAGGAAAUGAAUGUCUGCUCUGAAGCUGCUGGGAGAUAUCCAAGCAACUACAAUGCCUGGUCCCAUCGCAUCUGGGUUUUACAGCAUUUGGGAAAGCUGACUGUCAAGGUUCUCCUUGAUGAACUUUCAUCCACUAAAUAUUGGGUAUCCAUGCAUGUCUCAGACCAUAGUGGAUUUCAUUACCGUCAGUUCUUACUCAAGUCCUUGAUAGGCAGAACUGUGACUGACAAUAAUGUACUGGUACAAAAUCAAAUGGUAAAUGAGCAAAACCCUAGCCUUCAAAAGAAGGAGGAGGGUGCAGGGGCAGAAGCUGCCUGCACACAGGAGCAGAGCGCGGAUCUCCCCCGCCAUUUAGAGGAAGAGUUGGAGCUCUGCACUGAACUGAUUGAUACUUACCCAGGGCACGAAACCUUGUGGUGUCAUAGAAGGUGUGUGUUCUACCUUCAGCACCACCUAAGCAACAAACUUCCUCUUCUGAGUGCGGUGGUAUCAUCUGUGGACAGCAGUGAUGAAACUCUGAAUAAUUCCCACCACGGUCCUGCAACAAGUCACAUGGCCCAGGCUAUGGAUGUUGAUGGUUUGAAUGAAUCCAGCAGCAAACAAGGUUAUACCCAAGAAACAAAACGCCUGAAGCGUGCUCCUAUGCAGGACUCUCUUGGUCCAGAAAUGGAAUACCGGUUCAUUGAUAAAGUAUUAUCAACUUGUAGGGAUGUGGACCAAGCCAGGUUUGCUACUGCUUAUAGGAAAUGGUUAGUUACUUUUUUAGGUCAGUGAAGGAAGAGUUUAAAGCCUUCAGGGUUCUUCUUUUAGUGCAAUAUUCUCUUUUCAGACACAAAUGCAUGUCUUGGUUGCAAGUGUUAGCUAACCAUGUGUUUCUCACUCUUCUAAUGGUCAGUCCUAAAGUUCAUAUUCAGAGAAGUAGUCUGUCACUUUAUUUAUUAAAGAACUGGUAUACCUUUUUAUUAAGCAAAUGCAGUUUGUUCUUUAAUCUUUUCAAGAAAUCACUGUGUGUCAGCUUCCUACCAUGCCAUUUUCUUAAUUUUUAAUUUGUUAACUUCUGCAUUAAGGUGGACUCUGAAUCAUUUGGCUUUAGGAAAAAAACAGAAAAAAGUCUGAAAUGCUUUUGAAACAGAGUGUCUGGAAAAAGAAUAGCAGGAUCUGUCAGUAUCAGCUAAACCUGUUUCCAGGUUGUUCCUCAUUACUGUAGUAACAUCUUGCCACUAUGUUAUUGGAUUCAGACUGUAUUUGGUGAGUGGUAUUACUUUUGUAUUGGCAACCUUUGGAAGAACACCAGACUGCUGCGUUUCCUUCUCAAGGCUCUAGUAAUGGUAUUGGAGCCAUGCCUUUUACUAUUGCAACUGGGUUUUUGUUUGCUUAUUAGUUGUCAUAUGAGUUUGAUAGGAAAGUUUAUGAAGUUGAAAUCCUGAAAAGCAGAUACAGGGAAUUGUGACAGAAAAUAGUUCAAACAUACACAUUCAUACUCACAGCCAGAGCUGUAUUUGGAAAUACUUUCUUAGAACAGACUACUUUACCUUCAUUUCAUACUUGGUAUUUAUUUAUUUAUUUUAUCUCAACAAUCCAGAAUUAAUGACACUUGAUACACAUUUCUGAAUGUAUUAUAUACACUACAGAAUCUCAGCCUGCUAAAUCACACUUUGGUAACUCAUACUUAACCAAGACCAUGCAAGUCCAAUAGAUGAUGGACUAAAAAAUAAUUAUUCUGACUGGUCAUAUACAAUUCAAAAAAAAGACAGCAGGAGGGAGCUAGCUCUUCAAGUUUUGCUCUUUGCAAAGCUUCGGUCUUUGGGGAUAUUAUCUUUUGACUCUUCCUUAAGAGCACUUCUCCAACCAUACAUCUCUGUUUACAUAACUGUAAAUUUUAAGGGAAUUUGAAACACAUUUGUAUUCCAGUGAAAUUAAACAUGAAUGGUUUAUUUUGUCAUUUCCUUCAAACUUGUCUAUAUAAGGGAUUUUUUUACACUAAUGGAAUUGUGCUGGUCCAAAGACCCAGGGGAGAAACAUUGUACAACUGUAGGCGUUUGUACAAUGGCAACAUUGCCUCUAUUCCAAACAGACUAUUCACUGAGGGGAUUAGAUUUUCAAGCUAGAGUCUUCGCCAAAAUUGCUGUAUAUUUCUCCUGCCCAAAGUGCCUCCUGACUGCGAUAAGUUUCAAGCUGCUGUUUCUGUUGGGCAGAGAGAGCAACAAUGAGGGAGAAAACAAACAGGUAGCCUGCUCAAAAGGUAUCGUUUGGAAAGAAAAAAAGCACUCAAAUGUGAAAUUUCAGCAGUACUAGAUAAUUGGAUGGAUGGGGAUUACUCUUGCAUUUCAAAAUUAAAAUAGACCACCUCUAGUCUUAGCAAGUAUGUUCAUAACUCAUGUCAGGCACAGAGUAGCUAACAGACAUUUCUAAAUGUACACUCUUCUGUUUACAGUACCUAGAUAAGACUGACCUAGGCUUGAGCCAUCUCCAUGGCAAAGCUUUGUCUCAAUGGGCAUCUACACCUGCCUCUGUGUAGCUAGGGACAUACUACGUGGCUGCUUGUUUUGAGGUGCUCUGGGAUGCUGUCUUGGUUGAUGGUUUUAGUUACAGAUUAAUGUAAUCAAUGUGUGAAGGAAGUGUGGGAAUGGCUUGAGAGGAUAAUUUCACUGUAAGAUGUUGUCUGACCACUGACAAAUGGGUAGGUUCAGGUACAAACUGGAGUCUGAACUUAAGAACUUAACUUGAGCAACAACUUUUACCCAUCGCAGAGGAUGUGAUGGGGUUUGAGUAUGAAAGAUACAUAAAGCAUGUGUAGUAUCCUGGGUCAGCUUGAUUAACAGCAUCCCAUUAAUGACUAGUAUGAACCUGGAAAGCAUGAAGUCAGCUAGCAAUGUAUUAAGGAUCACGUUUUUGGUCCUAGAUUACUUAGACAGUUAGUAACGUAGUUGUGUGUUCUGUUUACCUUGGCAAAAAUUACCUGUCCAUGAAACAAAUAUUGGUGGCAGGAGCAGACUGGAAGAUGGAAGCGUGAUAAGAAAUAUGUCUUGAACUGUGGGACGGAAGAGAUGCUCUCUUCUUGCACUGGAACGAUUGAAGUUUUUAGAGGGAAAGAUUUAUAUUAGAAUCUGACUUGAAACCCAUUAUCUCUUUCUUCCAGACUAUAAUCUGGAGUUUUAGUUGGCUUUCUUAGAGCUAUAUUGUGGAAUUACUGUGCUAAUGAAUUUGACAAUAUUUUCAUCAUAAGCACUUAAGAUCAAACAGCUGCUUUCAUAUACAUGUGUGCAGUUCCUAUUCAUGUCGACACAAGUUAUGCAUGCUUGUAGGAAGACAAGAUUUGCUGCUACGUAACUGAACAGAGCUGCAUUGUAUUUUCAUACUUGGAAGAUGUUCCGAGAGCUCUGUUUAGAGACGGCGCUGAUAUUUUUAUUACUAUUACAAAACACUGAUGACUGUAGUAUGACUCUCUAAGUGUGGAUUUUUGAAGUCUAUGCCUGGUGAAGUACUCCCCCUUUUUUUUUUAAUCCAGUGAGAAUAGUUACAUCUUGAAAUGUUUGCAGACCAGACUCUGCCACACAAAAAACUAAACAAUAAAACUGAAAUUGAAACAAGACAUGUCUUCCCCUUAGAAAGAAGUGCAAACAAUAAGCUGUCAAAAUCAAGCUUUAAUUUUUUUCAUGGUAACAAUAUAAAUUGUGUAAAGGAAGAAAAUACAUAACUAAAUUACUUCAAGCUGCCAAUGUCUUGAGGCCUCUUACAUGAAAUGAUGGAAGAGAGACUUCCAACAAACCACAUUAAGCUCAUAACUAUGUGAUGUUCUGGAACUACGACCUUUGGACCUGUCUAACCAUUCAGUAUUGCUGCAGAGUCCUGUUUGGGCACCACUUGGAAAAAAGAAAAGUGGCUUCAGGCCACUGGUAGUUAACAUGCAUAAAGGUUACUACAGCUACUUUAAGUAAGGUAUUUUAGUCAUUUUGUCUUUCAGAGGUCAGAAUUAUAAUGUUGUCAAUGGACAUUUUUGCAGAGAAAAUGUCCAACAGAAGUUGCAGAAUACAAGGCUCUCACUCUCUGAAGUUCCUUCAAAUAUAAAAUAAAUGUCUUUGUAUAAAGUUCAGCAUCUUUACUGAUCUUUUUUAUCUUCUGCUGUAGUACACGUCAUUUGAACUCAUGCAAAUUCUUUUUGUUUGUUGGAUUAGUCUUUGUAGAAAUUGCUUUGUGAUAGAAACAAAGGGUUUUGAGGAACAAAUGUAAUUUGAAACUACAGAAAUUAGAGUACAAAGAAUCACAUUUUUAAGGGGUUGAAUUCUCUGCUGCUGAGUACCUUAACUGUUAUUUUAUUGGCGUUUGGUUUAUCUUGUGUGUUAUAUUCACUGGAGCAACACAUGCAGCAUUAAAAAUAGCUACAAUAACAAUGCUGCUGAAUUGAGCAGGAUUGCUGCCAGUGUCAGGGAUUUUGCUGAAAGCAGCGAGGUCUCUUGCUGCUUCUCUCUGGCUUAGUCUGCCUUGCUGUCAUGAUACUUGGGCAAAUGUGUGCAUACACAGACCAAAUUAUUAGUGGUGGUGUUUAUUCCAAGUGCUUGUAGGGAGCGUUUGAGACUGUGAAAGAGUUUGUAAGGUCCUGCAGGCUGGGAGAACGUGGAGAUGCUCAGGCAGUGUCCUACCUGGGGGGAUACCCUUCAGGAGUGCUCCAGGGAGGAACAGACAGGCAUAUUUUGGAUGAACUGCUUUAGCAUCACAGGAGGCUGGGAGGCUUGGGACGCAAGCUAGUAACAGAAAUUGGUAGUUGAUUACAAAUAACAAGUAGUCUUUUUGGUACUUAAUUUUCAGUAUUUUCCUGAUGUUAUUUUUACAAAAAUGAAUCAUUAAAAAAAAACCAAAAAGGCUUUCAAAGUUACUCAUAAUUUAGAAUGCCUUCUGAUUUGAAAGCUCUCCUUAAAGGGCUCAAUUGUACUGGAAAAUGCUAGCCCCUUUCCUCUCUCCACCUAGACAAUGUGAUUCAUUCCAAAUGUUCGAAAAUGGGCACCUAAAAUCAUAGGGUGUUACCGCAAAUAUUGCUCAUCGUCUUAAAUGCAAAACUUAAAAAAGCAAGGACAUGUUCUGCUCAUAUAGGUUUGGGUUUUUUUUCAUUUUAUCUUACUGGCUGCUAGAACAGAAGGUAGAAAGAGUUUGUAGGGAAGCCCUGAGUUGGUAUGUACAAUCUUGGUUUACUUAAUUUGGGGGUUCAUUAAGUCAGGAAGCUUAGUAUGAGCAAGUAAUAAAGACUCCAGGUUCCCUGUACAGAAAUAAUUUGCAGGGUCUGGUCAUUGGUUUGUUUGUGAUCCAAGUGUUUGAUUUUUACAUCUGUUAAAAUGAGUGACAAAAUUCCCACUGACUUCACUGACACAGGAUCAGGCCAUGCUGUGGAGAGGGUAAGAGCCACUACAUGGUAGAUUUAACAUUUUUAGUGUGAUGGAUUGCAAGUGACUUCUUUGUCUUUUGCAAAUGGUCAUAUUUAUGGAUCCAAGCUAAAAAGCAAUUAGGGUAGUGUAUAUUCAUUAGCACUGUGGUUGAGGAGAAAGUGUUAAGGUUGUGGAAUAGUACAGGUUUAAGAGGGCAGCUAGAGAGAACUAUAGGAACUACAGG